UGUGUGGGUGUAAUCAUGAACGGAAAGAUGAAUUUGAGGACAUUUUUGGAUGUGAUUUUAUUUGAAUGUGCGAGGAGGGAAAGGGAAAAGAGCGAUGGAUUACACCCUGGCCGCGCUGAAGCUUCUAUGCUCACACCUCAACACCGCCACAGAGACAACAACUUCUCACUCUCAGCUAGCCUUUUCUCUCGGCGGUAUUCUCUUCCAGCGCGCCUGGAUUCAGGUUUCUUUCUCUUUCUAUCUCUCUACCUGCCUGUCUGUAUCUAUUGUAUGUAUGAGCUUCCUAAUCGCACCGUAGGGGGUUUUGGUCUCAACACCGGCGUCUUCUGACAAUGACGCCGGUCACUUCGUCCUAGACGAUGGCACCGGAGUUAUCCAACUCGUGCUCUCCAACGACUUCCUCCAAUAUGAUGCCUGGGAAUUAGGUAUGUAUGUAAUGGUUGUUGGAGGAUAUUCUGUUCGGAAAGAUGGAACUCAUUUUAUCAAGGUACACAAAAUUGUUGACCUUUCACCAGUGCCGGAUCGAGAGGCAAUGUGGUAUCUAGAAGUUGUGGAAGCGUUCAAACUUUUCUAUCUGCCUCUUUUAGAUUAUUGUUCUGAUUGAAUAUGCCACAUCUUAAAACUGAUCAUUUAAGGAUCAAUGUGUAAUUAGUGUUGCUUCUGCAUUUAACUCUCAUGAUUUCAUUCUUCUACCAGAGGACCUGUCUUAAUGCUUAGACAUUAUUAAAUUAUGAUUAUUAUUU